AUGGCUGAGAAAAAGACCUCGCACGAGAUUGGGCCUGUCCACACGGACAGCCUACAGGAAGGGGACCUAUCUGGUUUCGAAAAAGAUCCGCUGGAGAGUCAUGAGGUAUUCCAAAAAGUCGAGGGCGGCGUCGACUUCCGAACAGUGAGCUGGCAGAGGGCAACUAUCAUCUUCCUCAAGAUAAUCUUUGCAACCGGCGUGCUGUCCAUUCCGUCAGCCAUGUACUCUCUCGGUGCAGUUGGAGGAGCCAUCUUGAUCGUUGUUGUUGGUGCGCUUAACACAUAUACGGCAAUGAUCCAAGGAGAUUUUCGAAACAGCCACCCUGAGUGUCAUACUCUGGCAGACAUGGGCUACGUUGUUGGAGGCUUCUGGUUCAGAGAGGCGAUCGGAUUCCUUUACAUCGCUGCAUAUGUCCUCUGUACUGGUUCCGGCAUUGUCGGCCUCUCCGUCGCCUUUAAUGCCCUUUCGGACCAUGCAGCGUGCACAGUUUGGUGGGCUUUUCUGUCCUUCGCCAUCAUCACUGCCUGUGCAUCGGUCCGGACGUUCGAGAAGAUAGGAUGGCUUACAUGGGCUGGCUUUGUUUCCAUUUUCGCGGCCGUCUUCAUCGUUGUCAUUGGAGUCACCACCCGCGAUCGGCCAGCAGCGGCACCACAGACUGGCCCCUACGAUCUUGGAUAUCAUGCUAUUGGCAUGGCAACCUUCGCCGAGGGUAUGACGGCAACUGCAACCAUUUUUGUCUCCAGUGCUGGCACGAGCGCUUUCUUGCCGGUCAUCGCCGAGAUGGCCAAACCAAAGGAUUACAGAAAGGCCUUGUUUCUCUGUAUGGGGUUUGUGACAGCUUGUUACCUGGCUUUCUCUCUCGUUAUGUACCGUUGGUGUGGUCAAUGGGUCGCCAAUCCGUCCCUUGGCAGUGCUGGAGGUACCCUCAAGAAGGCUUCAUAUGGUGUUGGUCUCAUUGGCCUUGCCGUUUCUGGAUGCCUAUACCAACACGUUGCCGCCAAAUAUAUCUUCGUCCGCAUUCUGCGUGGGACUCGCCAUCUUCAACACAAUACCGUCAUCCACUGGGUCACAUGGCUGGGUUGCACCAUCACUUUAGGCGCCAUUGCCUUUAUUCUUGCCGAAGCCAUCGUCAUUUUCAGCUACCUGAUCGCUCUCACGGGAACCAUUUGCUUCGCGCCGAUGGCCAUCUGCGUGCCCGCUAUCUUGUACAUGUACGACUAUAGGCAAGACCUCAAGUCAGGAUCGGUGGCGAAGAAGGCAUGGUAUUGGUUUCACGCUUUCUUGGUUCUCCUUGGUGCAUUCAUUACUGUGGGAGGGACAUACGCUGUCAUCAAGUCGAUAUUGGCAGCGUAUGCAAAUGGCGAGAUUGGCAACGCGUUCGACUGCGCCGAUAACUCGGGCAGCACAGCACACUGA